CAGCGGAAAAAUUUUUCAUAAAUAAAAUACUAAAAACACACACUUGUAGUUCAAAGCAAAGCUCUAACAAGUGGGCAAACUCAAUACUAAAAAUCUCCAAAAUGAUCUCAAGUCUGUACUCAUUAUCAUAAAUGUAAAUGACUAAUAAUCUCUAAAGUUGUUGCUACUGAAAACCUUGACUAAGCAUCCUCCGUGACGCUUAUACUGCUCUCCUCUAGCUGGCUGCCCUCGAACUCGCUGCUCAUUAACUACUCCUCUAGCUGCAACUAUCGAUCUAGUUCUCGCUUAUUCCUUUACUAAGUCCUGGUGAGUGAGAUGGGGUCAAUCUACGCCCUUACGUUUAAACAUCUUAUUAAUACUUGAUCACUUUACUUAACUGAGUGGAAGUUGUUUUGUACUUCCACUAUUUCGGGCUAACUAAUAAAUAGGGAGUUAGUUAAAAAUCCCGUUGAUGAACCAGUUUAGGAUAGUUACCCAGAACGCCACUAGGGGAUUUGGAGAAGAAAGCGUUAAAUCGACAAGAUUAUCUACGGGGUGAAUGUCUCUGCGCACUAAAGUGCCACAUAUUCCUGGUCAGGCUGGUGAUCGAACCUUCUCCCAAAUUCAUCUCAAAUGCACGAACCAGCCUCCCUUCGUGUGUUCUUAUUACGCCUCCUGCUGCUGCAUUGCCGCUUGUUGGAGUAACAGAUCCAUCCGUGUUCAAACAGAACCAAUCCUGUGGUGGAGGCUUCCAUUGAAUCAGGGGCAACUAGCCCAAAUCCCCAGAUAACUCAAGGAAUCGUAACAGAGGAUCAUAUAUCCUUUCAUCCCUAAGUCCCAGUAUUCAUUCCCGUAGAUGGGGAGACGCAGACAACUCAAUCAAUAUCAACAACAUGUCAUGACCGAUUAGGCUUGGUUUAUUUUGUCAGAAAAGAAAGUAGGUUUCGGAAAAAGCUCAACUCUUAAAACUGUAUGGGAGUUACUGUAACUCCAUUCUUAAAUCUCAAAACUUGACUUAAGUACUUGACCAACACUGGGAUCCCUCACUAGCUAGUCCGGUUGCCAACUCAUACGUAUGAUAAGCCAUCCAGGCUUUCCUUAAACUUAAACUUAGUUAGGAGAGUCGUAACGAUUCAUCCCCCUAACAUCUUAAACUUAUCGUGGUGGCUCUUCACCACGAUUCUCAAGAGCAUAACUGAUGCUCAUCUUAAAUAUCUCAAGAGCAUAACUGCUGCUCUGUCUCAAAGAUCUCAAGAGCAUAACUGCUGCUCUAUAUGAAAAUCUCAAAUGGCAACGGACUGGCGCUAGUGACUAAAAACACUUAAAACGACUUCACCUUCUUGAAGGUGAGUUACUUCUUAAAAAGAACUUGUUUCUUAAACUUUAACAAUAAAUUAAACAUAACGCUUUAAAGUAAAUAGCACAAAAUCACCUCAAAUCACAUCAAAUAGCACAAAAUCACCUCAAACCAUAACUCAAGCAAAGCACACAUAAUCAAUCAUACACAUAACCAAGCAACAGUAACCAAUUCGCUAAAAUACUUCCACUGUUCUCCAUGACUUACGUCUCAACUCAUACACAACACUUCAUCCCCGUAUGUAUUAUAUCCCUCUCACUAUUAAUCUUUACUUAUUCCUUCAAUCCAGUCCUUAACAUGUCCAUUAUACCAUGGACCAAGACAUCCAACUACCCAUUAAAUACUCCCCUUAAUAAGCUCUAGCCACGUUAGGUGCUAAUAGCUAAAGGACAAAAAAAAUCAGGACAUGCUCCUUACCUCUACAAUUGAUCCAUGGAAUCUUCAAUGGUGGUUCAUCAGUACUCCAAAAUCAUGCACCUCCUUUUAAUUUCCCUGGGACAACGCCGCCAUUUCUCUGGGACAAUAUGCAAGGAGGCGACGGGGUUGUGCUUGUCCGCUGGUACGAGGGUAGAAACGGAGCUAGCUGCAAUCUCCUUUGUUUCUUUUGUGUCCUGGCAGCCGGCGAUCGGUGAUGAAAUGUAGUGGGCGGUGCAAUAGGAAGAUGGCCGACUAAAUGGGUCUCCUCUGUCGGGUUUAGUUUUAGGUUUAAUAUAUAUUGGUUCUAGGUGAGGCCGAUUGAGAAGUAGGGUUAGGUUAGGUUUAAUUUCUUCGGGGUUAUUUUGGAAAUUUCAUAAUUACGGGUGAGUUUAAUCUGAAACUCAGUAAACGUCCAUAAUUUUCUCACUUCAUGUCAAACUCGACAUCGUUUGAACAAUUAGUUCACAUUUUUAAUCCUAAUACGGUGGAACUUGACCCAAGGGUAUGUUAGUCAUUUUGACUUUUGGGGAAGAGCGGGGUGUAAAAACAACGUCGAAACUGCUCCGCCUAACCUUUUACUAAUACUAAUAUCCCAAUUACAGUAACUUAACCCCGCCCUUCAACUUCUCGCCGCCCACUCCGCCUAAACCCCCUUCCCUGCUUCCUUUGAUUGGGAAAAUCCAUCUCAUUUCAAUUUUUUCCCUUUUUGGCAAUGGGGUGGGUUAUAUAUGAAGAAGAAGAGGGAAGAUGGGGGAGCAUGAGAAGAAGAUCGGAAUCCAGAGGGAAAGAGAAAGGAAUAAGGAGAGGGGAAUAGAAGAAGACAGGAGAGAGAGAGGAAGAACUCGAAUCAGAUAUCAAGCAUGACAUAAGCAAACUUGGGGCUCGACCAAGAACUCGAAUCUCACAUCGAUGGGCGGCGAAGAACUCAAAUCUCGGCCGUCGCAAGGCAUAAUUGGAGGUAGAAUUGGUGGCGGUCUCCUCGACUAUCCUUUUCCCUCCGACUCCAGCCGUCCUUGUCCCUCUUCCUCCGCCUCCCCUGUCGAAAACAAGAAAAGAACGACAAUUGGGGAAAUUUCUGGUAAAACCAUGGCUACUAUUCUUCUGAACGACAACACGCAGGGCUUGAUCCACCGUCCUCAACGCUAUAUAAAGCUAUAAAGAAGACCGACGUCCGAGACAUGGUCGGAUGGAAGACGUCGUCGUUGGCUAGCGUGGAGUAGUGUUUUUGGGAAGAAGACCGAUGUAUGUUUGCGAUCUGAUUUGGGAUUUGGCAGAAGAUGGAUUUUUUUCAGUUGGGUCAACAAGAGGAAGAAGAGAAAGGGUCGGGUCAAGGGUUGGGUUGGAUUGGGUUGGUUUCUUAUGUGGCUGAUUUUAAUGAGGUGGCGGGCCAGAUAUUUAUUUUUUGUGGGUUAAAAUUAGCUUAUUAGGCACUUCUGUUAGCCACGUCAGCAAAAAAUUGACGGCGUUAAUGGAGGUUGACGGAAGGUAACGGAGAGUGACCAAACUUGAACCAUUUGAUUAAUUUUAGUGACCACGAACGAAAUUAAAUAUUUUUAGUGACCAAACUCGAAUGUUUUUAGUAAUCUCAAUGACCAACCAUGUCAUUAACACUGGAGACAUGUCUAAUUUUUUCUUUCUAAUUGUGUAGAAUGAAGUUGAUAUUAUCGAGUAGAGAGUGAAUAAGGUUAAUUGACAAGGAGAAAAAUGCUUUCAAUUAAUCAUGUUGUUUAUGGAUAAUUUGUGAGUUGCUUCAAUUUUCUUGAGUUUUUUAGAGUGGUGUUGAACAAUUUGUAUUAUUAAUUUGUGAUUUGCUUGAAUUUUCUAGAAUGGUGUUUUAUAUAUGGAUAAUUUGUAUUGAGAAACUGAUAUUUGACUUUUAUUUUGAUAGGAAUUUGUUAUUGUAAAUUUUUUAAGACAAAAACCCAUGGGUACCCAUGAACCCGUGGAUAACCGGCGGGUUGGGUUUGAAUUUUUUAAAACCCAGUGGGUUUUAUGCGGGGUUCUUUUCACGUAUAAACCCAUAGGUUUGGGUUUGGCAAAACCCGACCCAACCUGACCCAUUGUCAUCCUUAAUUGUUACCAUCCAUGUAUUGUUUAGAAUGUAUUGUUUUUAUUUUAACAGAAGCAAUACAUGAAUUUUAUUUGU